CCUAAACCAGUUGAGCAUUGGCCCAGCCCAGACUGUCAGCCUCGAACACGCAAACCAGCUCCGCAACACACCUCACUUCGCCACGGUUGCUGCUUGCCACGACAACCCAAAAUGCAGACUAUGCUGAAUCCCCAGUCAACACUGAAAUUGUCAUCAUACAGGCUUGGACGGCCAGCCGGCCGGCCUGUGCCUUGCCAUGCGACCGCCCGCACUCGGACACGCACACAUGCUGGGAAUUCGGACUCCGACAACGUAUCUGGGACCUAUGAAUCAGGCAGUGCAAGCGAUAGCGAGGCUAGCACCAGCGGCGCGCCGAAUCCCAACCUGAAGUUGCCGAAAAUCGGAUACUUCUCUAUUGCGGACACGAAGGCGGAGGUAUACUCGCGCGCGGGUGAGAAGUUUGACCCUGCCAAGAAGGGGGGGCGCUACAAGCCCGAGUUCAUCUGGAACACGGACUGGCAGACGGCGUUGGAGCGCGAGGAGUCGCUACGGCGCAAGCAGGAGGAGGCCAAGAACCGGCCUAAGGAGCCCACCACGGGCUUCCUCAGCUUCAGCCGACUGGCUGAGCUCGACCGCAUGGAUGUGGACCUGAGCGACGUGCUGGCUCGCAAGCGGCAGGAGGAGGCUGAGCUUAAGGAGGCACUGGCACGCCAGGUCCAGCUGGGUGCAGGGAACGGCGGCAAGGCCGGCGGUAGCUCCGCCGCCGCCCGCAAACCGCCCCCCGCCGCCGCACCCUCCGGCAAGGUGGCCACAGCCGCAAUGUUCACGCGCAAGGAGUCGGCCAAGCUCAGCCGCACCAGCCGCUCCUCUGCGCGCACGGCGGUGAUUGUGGAGGUGCCGGCGCUGGACGCCGAGAAGGCCCGGCUGGCGGAAGAGGAGCGCAUUCGCUACGACGCGCUCAAAGUCGAGCAGCAGCUCUGGACGCUGGCCUUCACGGCCGCAGGCUUCGCCAUGACUUACACGACCUACACUAAGGAUGUGGCGUUCUCGUACCUGGUGGGGGCGCUGGGCGGCUUCGCCUACCUGCGCCUGCUGAGCAAGUCGGUGGACUCGGUGGGCGGCGAGGGCGGGCUGGCCAGCGGCGUCAACAGCGUCGCCUCGCAGCCGCGCCUGCUCAUCCCCAUCAUCCUGGGCCUGGGCUACAACCGAUGGAACCAGCUGUACGCGGAGCAGCUGGGCGUGACGCUGGAGCUGCUGCCCAUCCUGGUUGGCUUCUUCACCUACAAGCUGGCGGUCAUUACACGGCAGUACAAGGAUGUGUUUGAUGGCAACCUGUAGGGCGCGCAGUGGCGGCGGUGGCGUGGUGGGUGGCGUGGCGUGGCAGAGGCCCAGCCAUGUAGCCGGCCGUUGUUUAGAGGGGAUAGGUUUGCGAGCACGGAUGUGGGCGAUUCUGACGAUCGGUAUACCGUUUUUGGGCUGAGCUCCUAAGCGCAGCGAUUCAGGGGGGGCGAAGGUGGUGGUGGAGGGCCUGGCCUCACUAGGAGCAGCAGCAGCGGUAGCGGCCCUGGGUCCGGCGGCAGCGGCCCUGGGCCCAGCAGUUGCGGCGUGCAUGUGCGUAGCGGAGGGGGCGAGCUAGGCCACGUGGAGGAAGACAGCGCGGCGUCGCCCAACAAGCGGCGCCGGCGCGCAGGUUGAGGCCGGCCGGUGUCUUGUUAGCGGUCUUUGCUGGCAAGCAUUGCACAGCACAGUAUGUGGUAGGCCGCAGCAGGGAGGAGUGUUGUGGCUAGAGGAUUUCCUGCUGUUUGGGCUGUGCUUGUGCUGGGCGGCGGGACGUGUGUGACUGGACGCAUGGCGCCCGUGCCUGUACGAACCGACCCCGGCUAUGUCCGGGAGAUGAGGUAGACGCUUGCGGCCUCAGACCUUCGUGUCAUCUUCGCUGUGAGCUCUCGGACUGUGGGAGGAAGCCUGACAUCACAGGCGCGUUAAGGGCGUGGUGGUCGGUUCGCAAGUGUGUGUGUUGGUGUGUUGGUGUGGUAUGUGGCUAGUAAUUCUGCGUAUGAUCCAAUUACCUAUUGGCUGAAGAACCUCACCUGACUGGGGCCAAUUGUGUAUUGGCUCGAGGGUCUACAGGGCGCGUACGGUAUGCCGGCGUUUGUGAGCACCAUGUACUUGAUGCUCCAACUUGGACUAUUACCAGAAUUCCUUUUGAGUUCGCGCGGAUGUCACGUGGGAUGCAUGAUCGACACAGCGACUGUUGCGGCGGGUGCGUGCAGGUGCAAGCCGGCGCGGGCGCACUUGCGCGUGGUGGAGCCGUGGAGGGGCCAAGGCGGGAAUGAGCCUGACACGGCCGUCCAAUGGCAUUCGCCGCUCUGGCAUUCUGGCAACACAUCGUUAUCAACCAUAAAUU